UAGAGCAAUUGUUACUUGACUUUGCCGGAAUCAUCGAGUAUUUCGAUGGGGCCAUAAUAUUUAAAAGAAGAAUAGCUAUGUUGAUUUCUUAUGUAUUUUUUACACAAUUCGCUGUGGAAAUCUAGAAGUACAUAAAAAAUUGUGUAUCAAUGGCAUUUACGUGACACAGUGGUGAUAAAAUGGAGGGUAGCGAAGUGAAUUUUAGCCAAGUGCAACUGAGUUCACUCACGUACGAGGCGCAACAGGCGCUCUCGUAUUUGUUGGAUUCACAGAAAUUACUGCUCAGUGAGGGCCCUGACAAACUUCCGAGAGACUGGCGAGGUCUAGCCUGUUUACUAAACAUAUCUACAGAAAUAACAAACUCGUUUGAGUCAAACAAGACUGCCAAAGUGAUAAGUUACUGGGCGAGACGUGCAGAUGGCACGGCAACAGUCGGUCGUCUCCUCGAUUAUGUGCAAAGGAUCGACAGAUAUGAUGUGUUCGAUGAUUUUAUGGAUUUGUGGAGCAAUGGGCAACUUGUUGUUAACCAGCCAAAACCAUUUCCCAACAACAUCAUUGCCAAACGAGAAGAUAUGUCAGUCGUCCCAUAUGAUGAGGAUAUAGAAGAAAACAUAAUAACAUUUGAUGAUAAGAUUCAUGGCGCACCCCAGUUCUACCAUGGAUAUGUGUUGUAUGCACUGGAAGACAAGGACUUUGUUGAUGAAAUGCUGAUCAGGAUGAAGGAGAAAGGUUACAAUCUAUGCACAGAAGACAACCUUCUUCCUGACUAUUCAACGACGUUUGCGCCAGUAUCACGACUCAUUUCGUCCGACAGGUGCCGGCGUAUCAUUCUGGUAUAUUCUCCGGACUUUCUCGACAGUCCUGCUAAUAAUUUUUACAUGGAUUACGCACAGGCCGUUGGUAUUGAAACGCGGAAACCAAAGAUACUCCCGGUGAUAUAUCGCAACUGCCCGCUGCCGCGGCAGGUCCGCUUUUAUCUCAAGCUAUAUUUCACUCCAUCCGGGAACAAGGCCUCGUAUGACUUCUGGGAACGCCUGGCUUGCUCACUCGAAGCUAGGGAGGUGCACUCGCCGCACAGACUUAAUGGGUACUCAUCCAACCUGUCGUCCGGCCUGAGCAUCACCGAAAUUAGUUCCGGAGCGAUGACCGGCAUGUCUCAGACGCACCUGUUACGCCUCCCCCCCGCCAUCCGUAGUGCGUCCGAGAACCACCUCAAUCGCUACGCGGACUACAUCGAGUCCGGGAACGAUCUCCACACGACCUCCACUAUCGUCAGCGACACCUCGGAAGUGAAAAAGAAGAAAAAGUUCGGCCUCAAACGUUAUUUCUUAAAAAAGAUCAAGUCCAAAGGUGACACUAAGAAGGGCAUUUAGUGUUUCAUUGUCAUGCCCCGUGGCCAACACAAGCGCGGCGAGCGAUAAUCUAUUGCUUGAAGGUCAAAACAUCACGGAAUACAUAAUUGUUUUCGAUAGUCAGUCACUGUGAUUGUUUGUUAAAAUGAACAGGUAAUAAUUUAGAAAACGUAUUCAUAUUUUGUUGUUUCCAUUUGAACAAUAUAACUCUUAAAGAAGUCCCGUGUCCAGCUGUGCCACGUAUGUCAUUCGAUACCAAUAAUUAACAGAUAACUCUGCAUGGAGUCAAGACAUCUGUAGUUUUUGCGCGACCGCUAGCAGGCGGUAGGAAAUAUCCUAAAGUCGGUAAUACAAACAUUUGCACAACCGGUUUUGGUUUGGAAGAGUCAUUGAACUCACGAGUUCACG